AAAAAAUCUUUUUUGGUCACAUGUUUCAAAUUCAUAAUGAUUUUAAUUGUUCUAAAUAAAUUUAUGUUUACAAUUAGAAAAAUAAUUUGCUGUGCAUGUCACUUUAAUCUGGAUUUUGGACAUAUUACCCUCUAGAUUUCAGUUAAGAAAUAUUUUGAAAUUUCACCAUAAAAAAUUAACACAUAUGAUAUAUAACAGAAGAUCUUUCAGAAUUAUUUCUUCAAACACAUUGGCAUAUAAAUACUAAACAUUUUGGACACAAAAGUUGAGGAUCAGAAGUCUUUCGGAAAUGACUACAGGAGGUCAGGGGUUCAGUAUAUUAAUCAAAUUAAGCAUUAAGUCAUAAAUAAGAGCCUUUCCAAUUUAAAUCAGAAACAAAAAGCCAGACACGAUGAAGAAAGAAAACAGAGACAGAAAGGAUUUAAACAAAUCUUAUAAACAAAAAAAAGUAGUGCCAGCAAUGAAAACGUAUAAGAAACAAAAGGAUAAAUCAAGCACAACAUUCGCUAAGUACAAAAUAAAAGUCAAACCAGGAGAUAAAUGCGUUAGGAAAAACAUUAAAAAACCAAAUAUAAUUCUAAUUAAGGAGAAUGACGAUAAAACUGCAGCUGCUCUUUUUCGGAGAAAAAGAAGAUAUUUCAAGAUAUUGAACUGUUAUCUGAAAUUCUAUCUACCAGUAAUAAUGACAUAUGAAGCAGAUAUGGCUUUGGAGGACAAAUUAUAUUUCGCACGUGUUAAAGACAUGUUCAUGAGAGUGUAUCAUUACUUGGGAAUGUUACAAUCCAAAUUUGGCAUAGUCUUGGACGAAUGCAAAGAUGAUCUUGUUGAUAAAAUGCCAAGAGGCGACAGCUGGGAGCUUGACAAUUACUUUCGUUCUGCAAUCAAUGAGUUAAAAGAUGACUGCUUAACGCCUGAAGACAAGAAGGAAUUCGAUGCAUUUUUGAAGAUUCUGAACUGCUUGCAGAAGUUCAAAUAUCCUCUUAAUGUGCCUGGAAUAGAGUCAAAAAUAUUUUCAGAUAUGCUCAGAAAGUACUCGAACAUCACAAUGCUUGGUUACGAUGGGCUGCUAUGAAUAGGCCAAACUGAAGUUGCUUAAUUUAGAAAUACUCAAUUGGCUAGUCUAUGCUUUCUUUCUUCCAAAUGGUAAUAAACGGCUUGAGACGAAUUGUUAUUCUCUUUACACUACACUUUUAUAACAAAAAAUGCAUUAAAAACAAAGAUCGUGUACAUUUAUGCAAAACAGAUGCAAAUCAGGCAACAUGUGUCAAUCAUGUGAUUUUAGUCAAGAAUUAUUAUAAAAUGUAAAUGAAUACCAUUUAAAACACAAACAUUAUGAAAUACAAGAGUAAAUUAACAGUGUAGUUAUUAAAAAAUUAUACUUUUACAAGAUGUCAAAUGGCAAGCAUAAUUCCAAGAAGAGCAUGAAAGAACUCAAACCUUGGACACUGCCAAAAACAAUUUCCAUCGAUUCUUGGUUGCAGGCUAGAAACGAUUCUCAGACAAGGCCAGGGGGAAAUGAUGUUAGUUCUAGUGGUAGCAGUGGAUCAUAUAGCAUAGAAUCUACUAGCCCAGCUAGGGAAGAUACUUCAGCACCGACUGUUGAAGAAUUUUACCAGGAGUUCAGACCGACUUUAUUUUAUGAUUGGUGGGUGCAUAUGAAUCAACAGUUGCCACAGCAGCAAAACCCGAGGAUCGUUCCCGGUAGUUCUCAGGGAAGAAAAACGCGCAUUCCACCGAAUCCCCCUUUGAAUUUAUACAUCUGUCCACCUUUGAUCAUUCCCCAAUUGGCACAACCUGUACCUCAUUCAGUGUCAUGGGUGAACAAUUUUGAGGGAUAUCCGGCCGGUUUUUACCAAUCGCCUCAGCACGCAUUCUUUUCAUUGCCGUUUUUCUCUGGUUUUAACUACACUGAAAUUCCUUCAACUUCUAAAGUUUUCAUCGAGCCUAAUGGCACCCGGAUCGAGCAGGGAACGAGCAGUACUGUUGAAAAUAAAAAUAUUAGACAAUCAGAAAACGUCAAUUCUGAAAAUCAAGUAACGGCCAAAACAAAAAAUAAAGACAAAUUAAACACGUUUGAUAACAAGCAAAAACAUUGCUUUAACAAAAUUAAAAUCGAGGAGGCAAUAGAAGAUUCGGAGUCUGAAGAGGAACACGAAGAUGAAAUUGAUUUUGAAUUUUAAUGUGAGAAAAACUGGCAAAAUGAGUUGUUUCUGCUUUUAAUAAUGAAAAAAGAACAAAUAUGUACAUACAAAAAUAAAUAAAGCAAGAUGAUUCAACAUG